AUGCGUCUCAUCAAUAUCUUCACGGAGGAAUUGAAGACAUUCUAUAGUGCCGAAAUACCACCAUAUGGCAUACUUUCUCAUCGCUGGGGCGAUCAAGAAGUGUCAUUGAAGACAUAUCAGGCAGACCAGCAGCAUGGACGUCAACGACAAUCCAAGGUCACGGAUUUUUGCACUCAUCUCCGCGAUGUGACCUACACACAGGAGCCAGUCGAGUGGGCGUGGGUCGACACGUGUUUCAUCAACAAGGAGAGCAGCGCAGAACUGACCGAAUUUAUCAACUCAAUGUACCAGUGGUACGCCUAUGCGACGCUCUGUGUGGUGCACUUGGCAGACGUGACCAUCGUGCCAUGCGCGCGGAAAUGCAAGCGUCGCUGCCAGUCGUGUCGUCUUUCGAAUCAGCAGUUUGCAGACUCGCGCUGGUUUCGUCGUGGCUGGACGUUACAGGAGCUGAUAGCACCGCGCAAGUUGAAGUUUGUUUCUGCAGACUGGCAGGAUCUGGGACUGAAGCAAGGCCCGUGGUCUCAUAGGGUCCAGCCGUUCCUCAACAGAAUCACAGCCAUUACAUGCAUCCCAAGCAAGUUCUAA